AUGCCUCAUUCCAAUGAUACUCAGUUCCAUCCCCCAUUUUUCCUAUUACUGGGAAUUCCAGGACUGGAAUAUUUCCACAUCUGGAUUGGCUUCCCUUUUUGUAUUGUGUACCUUAUUGCCCUCUUGGGAAACACCACCAUACUGCUUGUGAUCCAGACUGAGAAGACACUUCACCAGCCCAUGUUCUACUUUCUGGUCAUGUUGGCCACCAUUGACCAAGGCCUAUCCACAACUACAAUUCCCAAGAUGCUGGGAAUAUUUUGGUUCAGAUUGAGGGAGAUCAGCUUUGAGGCCUGUGUCACCCAGAUGUUUUUUAUCCAUCUAUUGACUGGAAUGGAAUCAGCUGUGUUAUCAUCUAUGGCCUAUGAUCGCUAUGUGGCAAUCUGCAAUCCUUUGCAUUACAGCACUGUCCUCACCAACAGGGUGGUGGCCUUCAUGGGCAUUGUGGUGGUAGUGAGGUCUUUCUUCACAGUGAUUCCCUUUGUGUUUCUGAUCCUUCGACUUCCUUUCUGUGGAAAUCAUGUUAUUCCUCACACCUAUUGUGAACACAUGGGCAUUGCUCGAUUGGCAUGUGCAAGCAUCAGAGUCAACAUGGUCUAUGGUCUAUGUGCUAUUGGAACUCUAAUGUUGGACAUUGUAGCUAUAGCUCUAUCCUAUGUACAGAUUCUCCAAGCUGUCUUUCACCUCCCCUCCAAGGAUGCCAGGCUAAAAGCCCUGAGUACCUGUGGCUCCCACGUUUGUGUCAUCUUGGCCUUUUAUACUCCAGCCUUAUUUUCUUUCAUGACACACCGUUUUGGCAGGAAUGUCCCUCGUUACAUCCAUAUCCUUCUGGCCAAUCUCUAUGUCAUUGUCCCACCCAUGCUUAACCCUGUCAUCUAUGGGGUUAGGACCAAGCAGAUCCGGGAAAAGGUGUUAAAGAUGUUAUGCAAUAAAUAA